GUAAUUGUAUAAUUUAUCUUUCUUUGUUAUUUCUGAGGAGUUCAUAUGAUUCAUAUAUAUAUAUAUAUAUAUAUAUAUAUAUAUAUAUAUAUAUCAAUGUUGUGAUUAGGUAACAAAUGAAUCAAGGGAACAUGGUAGUCCUGCACCUGUGAGUACACCUGGUGGUGUCAAUCAAAGGAAGAGACCAGCAUCUGUGGAAGAAAGUACUGACAACCGAAAGGGUAAGUCGAAACUGGUAUGUAGAAGAAUGGGCAGGUCUAAAGGCAAACAACCUGUCACAGGCUUUGGGUGCUAUGUUGAUGUCAACACUGGUGCAAAGACUAUAAAUCCUGGGAUGCCUAGUGAAGAAGUUGUUUCUGAAUUCAGUCAUGAGGUGGCACAUGACCCUGAUGUCAAUGUCAGAUUUCCAAUUCCUAAUGAGAAGGAAAUUCGAAGUGCUGUCCAAUUUGAAAAGGAGAUUGAUGUCCCUGCAUAUAGAUCAAUAAGUUUCAAGGGUGAUGGAGCUCAAGUACAAAAACCUACCAACCUGCCCUUUGAACCACCCGGUUUGCAUUGGAAGGGAAAGAAAGCUAUCAGCACAAGACAGUUGUUAAACAAGACCUAAAUGAGGAAGGAAUCUACUGUGAGGAAGGAAUCUGGUGCCCAUG